UUCUUCUUGUGUAUUUAUAGAGUACAAAAUUCUAAAUACAUUUAUUUAUCUAUAAUAACUAAACAUUGCAGAUACAAAAUUAUCGUUUUUCUUGUGUUAUUCAAACAAAUUUGUAAGAGUAAAUUGUUGGUUUGUAGAAGAGUACAAUGUUCGGUAGUCAGAUUAGCACGGGCUCGAACAACCCCAACAAGGACGUGGAGGUUUCCUCGCCGCCCGAUGACACCGUGUCGGCCCUCGAGUUCUCGCCGCCCUCCGUCACUCUGCACACCUUCCUGAUCGCUGGCAGCUGGGACUGCCAAGUGAGAUGUUGGGAAGUGGAAACUUCGGGGAAAACAGUGCCUAAGGCUGCACAGCCUAUGGAUGGACCGGUCCUAGAUGUCGCCUGGCAUGAUGAUGGGACGAAGGUUUUUAUGGCUUCAACAGACAAAAGUGUGAAGUGUUGGGACUUAGCAGCCAACCAAACGAUGCAGGUAGCGGCGCACGACGCUCCAGUGAAGACUUGCCACUGGAUCAAAGCGCCCAACUACACGUGCCUCAUGACCACCUCCUGGGAUAAAACUCUAAAGUUCUGGGACACGCGCACUGCAGUUCCGAGCAUGACCCUCAAUCUAACAGAGAGAGCGUACUGUGCUGAUGUGGAGUACCCGAUGGCGGUGGUCGGCACGGCAGACCGCGGCAUCUGCAUGUACACGCUGGAGGGCAAGCCCGCCGAGUUCAAGCGCAUCGAGUCGCCGCUGAAGCACCAGCACCGCUGCGUCUCCAUCUUCAAGGACAAGAAGAGCAAGCAGCCGACGGGCUUCGCGCUGGGCAGCGUGGAGGGCCGCGUGGCCAUCCAGUACGUGAACCCGACCAACCCCAAGGACAACUUCACGUUCAAGUGCCACCGGACCACGGGAGCGGUGGGCGGCUACCAGGACAUCUACGCCGUCAACGACAUCGCCUUCCACCCGGUGCACGGCACGCUCGCCACCGUCGGCUCCGACGGCUCCUUCUCCUUCUGGGACAAAGACGCCAGAACCAAGCUCAAGAGCACCGAGCUCCUGGACCAGUCCCUCACCAAGUGUGCCUUCAACCACAGCGGCCAGAUCUUUGCCUAUGCAGUCGGGUAUGACUGGUCUAAGGGUCACGAGCACUACAACCCCAAUAAGAAGACGUUCAUUUACUUGCGAGCAUCUUACGAAGAACUCAAAGCGCGUCCGACACAAUAACCCCACUAUUGACUCCUCCACCCCCGGCCGGCGCCGAGCGCCCCCAGCAGCCCACAGACAACGCGCAAUGUACUGCGCUGGGAAUGUCAACGACUGAUUGUGUCUGCAGACGGGAAACUUACAUUAAUAUGCUGAUUAAAAGUUACUGUGAAGCACUGGUA